AUGGGUAAAUCUCGGGAUGAUUUUAUAAUUUUCUCACCCCUUGCCCUUUUCCUCGAACCAAUUCCAGUGUUGAGAGUUCUGAACUCCGAGAUUAAGUCUACACAAAGGCAAUGGACAAUGGACGCUGACGGAGCAGAUCGGAGUUCUAGAAGUUUCUUCGUGGCAGUUCACGUCGGCGCUGGGUUUCACUCGCCGUUGAACGAGAGAGCUCUCAGUUCCACCAUGAAUCGAGCCUGCCUCGCCGCCGCCUCUGUUCUCCAAAAGGCCUGGAUCGAGACAAUGGCCAUUGUGGAUGUGAAAUGUUUUAUUGAAGCAUUAGCUGAAAAAUGAGUUAAUGGAAGGUAGUUAUUGUUCGUUUGAGCUUGUACUUGAAAAAUACACUUUCUUUGAUGAUUGUGUUUAUUUGUUUGAUUUAGGGUGCCGGUGGAUGUAUAGAUGCUGUUUCGGCUGCAAUCCAAGUAUUAGAGG